AUCACGGAAAUCAACCAUCUUUAGUCAAAGAAGGAGGACCAUCAUCAGAUCACGGAAAUCAACCAUUUUUAGUCAAAGAAGGAAUACCAUCAUCAGAUCACGGAAAUCAACCAUCUUUAGUCGAAGAAGGAGGUCCAUCAUCAGAUCACGGAAAUCAACCAUCAUUAGCCAAAGAAGGAGGGCCAUCAGAUCACGAAAAUCAACCAUCCUUGGUGAACGAAAUAAGACUAUCGGAUCCAUCAUCUUUAGUUGAAGAAGGAAGACAAUCAGAUCACGGAAAUCAAUCAUCCUUAGUGAGCGAAAGAAGGUCAUCAGACUACAAAAAUCGAAGAAGACCAUCAUAUUCACCUUCUUUAGUGGAAAAAAGAAGUCGUUUUUACCACAGAAAUCCAAAAGAUCUUCCUUUGUUCACUAAAGAUAAAGUGAACAAAAGAAGAUAUCUUGGAGACCGAUCAUCUUUAGUGAAAAACCAUAUUGACCGCAGAGAUCAAUUAUCAUUGGCGAAAGAAAGAAGAAGAUAUUUGUACCGUAGAAAGCAAUCGACCUUAGAAAGAAGACAUUUUGGAGAUCGAUCAUCUUUAGUGAAAGAAGGAAGUCACUUUUACCACGGAGAUCGACCAUCUUUAAUGAACAAAAGAAGAUAUUUUGGAGGUCAGUCAUCUUCAAUGAAAGAAGGAGGACCAUCAAAUCACGGAAAUCGAUCAUCCUUGAU